GGAGAUGCUACUGGGGACAUUAAGAGUGGAAAACAGAAUGUGAUAGUGGCUGGACCAGGUUACUUCGAAGUGAGAGCAAAUUUGCAACAAACCAAACCAAAAUGCCCACUGAAGUUGGAGUCACUGAGCAGCAAAACUAUAACGAUUCAUAUCCUGAAUAUUCUUUGUAUUCUGACUGGGAGGAAUAUGUGGAUGACACAGAUGGAAGAAUCUGUUAUUAUGAAAACCUACCUUUUGUCAACAUUGCUAUCUCAGUUCUCUACUACCUGAUCUUCAUCGUUGGGUCUUUGGGUAAUAUCUUUGUCAUCUUAGUAAUGAUCUUCAAAGAGAGUAGGAGGAGGAGACUGGUGGACACCUUUGUGAUCAACUUGGCGUUUGCAGACCUAGUCUUUGUCUUCACCCUGCCUUUCUGGGCAGCCUCGGCCAGCAACAACCAUCAGUGGAACUUCGGCAGUGCCUUCUGCAAAAUCAGCAGCUACAUGGUUGCUGUCAACAGGUAUUCCAGCAUCUUCUUUCUUACCUCCAUGAGCAUUGAUCGAUAUCUAGCCAUCGUUAAACUGCUGAACUUCAAGCAUAUCAGAACCCAGAAGUACGCCUUGAAAAUCAGUUUUGUGAUCUGGAUCUCCUCUUUGCUUCUGGCCAUACCUUCUGCCUACUUCAGAAAACCUGACCAAUUAAACAUGACCUAUUGCAAAGAGGACACGGAUUCUCCAUUUUUACGAGCUUUCAAUCUAUCUGCUAUCAACCUGACAUUCGUUCUGCCUGUUGUCAUCAUACUGUUUUGCUACUGCUCCAUCCUUGUCAAGCUAGGGGAACAUUACGGCCACAGCAAAAAAACUAUCCAGAGAAGGGAAAACUCUUUAAAAAUCGUCUUCACCAUCGUGACGGCUUUUAUUUUAUCCUGGUUGCCCUUUAACGUCUUCAAAACGAUCACUCUGUACUUGCAAUUUCAGAAUGCUGAACUCUCUUGCUGGCCAGUGGUCAGCCGAGGUUUAGCCAUUGCUUCUUGCUUUGCUUUCGUUAAUAGCUGCGUGAACCCGAUCAUUUAUGCAUUUUUGGACCGGAAUUUCAGACAGAGAACUCGCCGGAUGACUUCGUAUGUCUUUACCGGUCUCGGAAAGAGAAGCGGCAGCUUUGGCUCUGGGUCAACAACCACAGAGAGCAGCACAGCACUGAAAAUCCAGCAGCUGGUACAAGCUGCCCACGGAGACCCUAGCCAGACAGUCCAGCACUGCUGACUACAUCUCUCUACAGUUAAAAGUUUCAGUCAUCUUCAAACGGAGACGUUUACAAGAUUGUCAGAUAAAUGCGUCUGAGCACUGGUAAGGUGGAGGGCGACUGUGAAUUGCAUUAAACCGGUGUGCUGAUCUACACACACAAGGCAGAAAUCUGUUGUUGCAUUUAAAUGUAAAAUUGUGAUUGCACCUCAGCCUCGUGGCAAAUGUAUAGCUAGAUUAACUUGCUGUGCAAACAGUAGUCAUUUAAAAGCAAAUCAUAU